AUGCCAUUGCAAAAGGAAAAUUCAGCAGAAUUGAGUUCGAAAUUGGCUGAAUUGGGGCUUGCUGCCGUUCUUGCUUAUGGCAUAAUUGGUGUGACAGUGACUGUGACCUAUACUAGUUUCUUUGUUCUUGCGUUUCUCGGGUAUGAGAAAAGCAAUGGCAAGAAUCCUGCAGCCAAUCUUCAAGCUCUAUUAGGGAUCUUAAUUUUGAUGUGGACUGGGAACAAUAUAACAAGACCAUUUCGAGUGGCCGGGGCGGCAGCAUUGGCAUCUGCAAUUGACAAAGGAUUGAGGAGCAUAUUAUUUCAACUUUCCGAUUCUUGUCUAUGCAUUUUCACUUGUGGUGGCCAUAGUUACCGGAUCAUGCUCGACAGUUGUCAGAUUGCUUAUUCUGUCUAG